AUGAUUAUUGCUUUGCUUAGGCUUGCAAUUUCCAUAUGUCGGCGCUUUGGCCCACGAACUUUAUUAGAAGAUUCCUUCUUUGAGGAAUUAACACAUGCUGGUGUAGCUGGAGCGACCCUGCACCUGUGUGAAUACAGCAUCCAUAUGUACUACGUAGCAUACAAACAUUAUUGCUAUACGUACGCGGAGACGUUUAAAACGAGAUACACCGCCCACGACUAUGAAAAGCACUCGGAUUCCACCAGUAUAAGCAAAAGGAGCUUUUGCUACAAAAUGUUGUCCACAAUAUACUGGCUCAAUAGAGUGCUUAGAGUCAUGGAAGAUCCUACAACAGGUGUGUACAGAGAACCCUCAUGCCUUCGAGGCUAUAGGGCCCAAACGAUUACGGGAGUCACACACAUAUAG